AUGUCUACUGAAGAAGGAACAUUCACUCUGCCUGAUGGAUUUCAGGCCUACACAAAGACUUGGAAGCCAAAUGGACCCCCACGUGCUAUCCUAGUGUCUAUCCAUGGAUUCAGCGAUCACAGCAACACUUCUAAUGAUUUCUUUCCCCUCCUCACAUCUCAAGAUAUUGAGGUCAGAUCUUUUGAUCAGCGUGGCUGGGGCCGAACUGUCAAGAAUCCCAAAGACCGUGGAGAUUCCGGACCAACAGAGACUGUUCUUGGAGAUCUAGAUUCAUUCCUCAAAAAUGUCUUUUCCACGUCCGGCUCCACUCCGGUCUUCUUAAUGGGUCAUAGUAUGGGAGGUGGUGAAGUACUCACAUACAUCCUGCACCCAAACUCGCCAUGGCACAAGUCCAAUCUCAAACUUGCUGGAGUUAUUUCAAACUCAGCCUUCGUUAACCUGGACAAAUCUAGCCGCCCGUCCAAAUUCAUCGUGGUAGCGGGCCGCUUUGCUGGGCUCUUAAUGCCCAAAUUUCAGAGAUGGACAGCCCUAGACGAAGGCAUGCUAACACGGGAUGAGGCCACUAAUGCCGAGUUUGCAAAGGAUCCGUUGUGCCACAACUAUGGUACCCUUGAGGGGUUGGCUGGCAUGCUGGAUCGGGCCAUCUAUUUGGACACUCUGCAGAGCCAUGACGGAUCUAUCCCUCCAGUUCUCUUUGCUCAUGGUACUGCCGAUAAGCUUACCAGCUAUCCGGCAGCUAAGCGGCUGGCUGACGUGAUUGCGAAGAAGGGAGAUGUGACUUUUUGCUCGUAUGAAGGUGCUUAUCAUGUUUUGCACGCUGAGUUGCCCGAGACGCGCGAGAAAUUCGCUUCGGAUUUGAUUGAGUGGAUUUCGAACAAGAGCAAUAAGGCUAAACUGUGA